GGAGGAGGAGGCGAGGCCAGAGUCGGAGCGAUUCGCCUAUAUAAGGCUUAAAUAGGGCCGCGCUUGGCACAGUGUUUGACGGAGUUGCUUUCACUUGCCAGUCGCAGUGCCAGCCAAACGGGCGACAAAUCGGUCCGAACAAAUAAUUACCAAUCCGAGUGGAUACAAGAUUCAGACAAUUCCUAACAAAAUGAAAGUGCUCAUACUCAUCGCGAUGCUUGUCCUGUCCUGCCACGGACAGCACCAGCACCAGCACCAACACCAGCAGCAGCAGCAGCACCACAACCAGCAUCACAACGUCAAUAACAUACCGCGGGACGAGAAGCCCGACCAUCAUCGUCACGAGGAUCUGCGCGAGACGAGCACAUGGAUACCCAUUCUCAAGUACAACAAGGAACAGAGCGAGGACGGCAGUUACAAGACGGAGUACGAGACGGGCAACAACAUCAUCCACGAGGAGACUGGCUUCCUCAAGGACUUUGACACGAAUCCGAACGGAGUUCUGGUACAACAUGGCCAGUACUCGUACCAGUCGCCGGAGGGCCAGCUGGUUAAUGUUCAGUACACGGCAGAUGAGAACGGCUUCCGUGCGACAGGCGACCACAUACCCACACCGCCGGCCAUACCCGAGGAGAUCCAGAAGGGUCUGGACCAGAUCUAUGCUGGCAUCAAGCUGCAGCAGGAGCGACUCGAGCAGCGGGCCAAAACGGAUCCAGACUUUGCCCGGAAGCUGGAGGAGCGUCGCAUUGCCAAUCAGAAUGGCCAAUAUAUCGGUCUGCUCGAGAACCAGUAGAAUCAGAAGCUAACCCCCAGCCCCCCACCGUACCGAUCACCCUGGAAACGUGAACUUUACCAUACUCUGUCCUGCCACAAAAUCCACAACAAUAAGACUGUGAUUUCAUUUGCGAACUCUUCCAAAAAUUUCCAUCUGGAAUCUCGAAAUUUGCAUAAUUAAAUAGGUUCCCCUCAGAAAAACACACAAGACGCACUCAUCGGGCACCUCUCAAUAAACUAUUAUUUUGUUAACGAGUGUGAAAGUUUUGCCGCUUUAAAAUAAUAAAAGAAAAACUAACGUUUCCAUUAUGCCGAACCGA